AUGCCCAGUGACAUCCCUCAAUAUAAUAUCGCCCCAUUGACGAGGCAAUCGCCUCCUCUCGACUUGUCCUCCCCACUGGAAAUCGAUCCGGCCUUCAUCAGAGGUAAAACGAUAGUCAUCACCGGCGGCGCAUCCGGAUUCGGCGCAGGUUUCUUCAAGCAGUGGGCAUCUCACGGAGCCAAUGUCAUCAUCGGCGACAUCAACGUCUCAGCCGGCGAAGAGCUCGUCGCGCAGGUGCGCCGGGGAACUAACAACCCCAACCACCACUUUAUCCACCUCGACGUGACGUCGUGGAAGUCCCAGGUCGACUUCUUCCGCGAGGCUGUGCGACUGAGUCCACACCACGGCAUCGACACGGUCGUCGCCAAUGCCGGUAUCAACGACCCUGAGGACUCGUACGUAUUCGAGAACCCAAAGAUCGACUACGAGAACGACCCGAAUCCUCCGCCACCGCGGUUCAGGACCCUCGAUGUCAAUCUCACGGGCGUGCUCUACACGACUCAUCUGGCGCUCUUCUACCUGGAACGCAACCCGGGCUCGAAGCCCUGCUCGUCCACGUCUCCUCCAGGCGAACGAGACAGGCAUCUCAUCCUGGUGGGCUCAGUCGCGAGUCUGUGCCCGCUCAUCACCCAGGCGCCCUACUCUAUCUCCAAGCACGGCGUGCUGGGUUUGUUCCGGUGCCUACGCGCCUCGGUGCCCAUCACGAAGGGGAUCCGGGUGAAUAUGCUCUGUCCGUAUUUCAUCGACACGCCGAUCCUCAACGUCGGGGCGCGCGUCGCCCUUGCCGGUGGUGCUAUGGGCGUCCCUGAAGACGUCGUGCAGGCCGCCACCUACUUUGUGUCCCGGCCCGACAUCAUCGGGCGCGCCGUCGUGGUCGGGCCCAAGGUCAAGGUCCGCGUGCCCGUUGACCAGGACGGACUCACUGCCCUUGCAGGAGCAGACAGACUCCCUCGGCUGGAGGAUCUAUUCGAGAUAGUCGAUCCGGCGAAACAUGCUGCGACACAAGAGGGGAAGGACGGCGUGGUCCAGGACCGGGCCAUCUGGGAGAUCCACGCCCAUGACUUUGAGCAGGUCGACCUCUUCACCUACCGCUUGGUGAACCUCCUCAAUGCCUUCGGCGCCGCCAGGGGGUGGUACGGAUUCAUUGCAGACAUCGUGGCCGCGCUGACGAGGCCGUUGACCCGCCUCUGGUAUGGCAGCGCUCGUAACUAG